GGCGGGCUCCCCCCUGGGAGCCGCCAUUUUCCGGAGCGCCCUCAGCGCGCUCUUAAAGGGGCCGCGCCCCGCGCUGAGGGGCGGCGGGUUCGGGUUUGGGUCCCGGUUCCCGGUGCUUGCUCCCGGUCCCGGUUAGGAACGAACCGGUGGCUGCGGCUCCUCCGGGCAGCACAGCCGUGGGUAGAGCGUAUCGGGCGGGACUGAGAGCGUGUGGGUUGAGGCCUCCUUCCAGGGCCGCCCUGUCACCAUCGGCGCGUUAUUAAUUCUCUGUAAUCAUGAAUAUAUUCCCUUUUUCCACAAUGCAGUGCCGCGGCUGAAUCACACCCAGGAAGUGAAGAAUUGAUUCCCGUGGAGCCAUGGCAGAGGACAGGGAUUACAACCUGACCGAGGAGCAGAAGGCUGUGAAAGCCAAGUACCCCCCUCUCUGCAAGAAAUAUGAAUAUUUGGAUCACACAGCAGACGUGCAGCUCCAUGCCUGGGGAGACACGUUGGAAGAAGCCUUUGAGCAGUGUGCCAUGGCCAUGUUUGGCUACAUGACAGACACAGGCACUGUGGAACCCGUGGAUACAGUGGAGGUAGAGGCAGAAGGGCAUGACCUGUUGUCUCUUCUCUUCCACUUCCUGGAUGAAUGGCUGUAUAAAUUCAGUGCUGAUGAGUUUUUUAUACCCAGGGAAGUGAAAGUGCUUCACAUUGACCGAAUGCAGUUCAAAAUCAGAUCAAUUGGAUGGGGAGAAGAGUUCUCUUUGGACAAACACCCACAGGGCACAGAGGUCAAAGCCAUAACUUACUCAGCAAUGCAGAUCUGUGAAGAUGAAAAGCCAGAAGUCUUUGUCAUCAUUGAUAUUUAAAGUGAGGAGAGUGUGCUUGUGUGGAUUUUGGUGAUCAUCUGGCAGAAGCCCCCUAAAACUGUAAUCCCUGUGGGGAAAAACCAAAGGAAUUGGCCUAAUUGACACAGUUAAAAUCAGAAAUUGAAGGGACUAAUUGCAGGGAAUGUCAGAUUGUUUUCACUGAGACAGAGAAUAAGAAUGAAUUGAGCUCUGGGGGAUAUGGAGAAGGAGAGGUUUGUUCAGGUUGGAAAUCUCCCAGGAGUGCUGGCAGUCAGCUUUUAAUGCUGAUCCAUGUGAAAUAUAGAAAUUGGUGGAGCUUAUAACUAAAAUACUCCCUUUUUGCAGCAUGGCAGGAGAUAAUGUUCAUCUAGAUUGAUUUCAUUUACAUAUUUCAUGUUCUAAUUCAGAGCUGAUGUUCCUCCUCCAUAUUGCAUAAAUCCAAAAUUAGCUGCGGUGCCUCAGAUGUAACGUGGGCAAAAAUAUGAGUGUUUAAAAUUAGACACCUAAAAAAUUGAUGCCAAUUAAACAAACAAACCACCACAUCUUUUAAACUACUUAAAAAGAAGUCAUGCCAGCAGGUGGUGCUGAAUUGCUGUAAAUAAAUUUGCCACAUGAAAUCUUUAAGCAUGUGACUGAGUACCUGGAAUCCUCUUUUCGCCUCUGAUAACUCUAAAAAGUUGGCAGCUUUGCUGCUGUGGGAGAAGGGAAUGGAAAUGGAUGUCCCAGAUUCUCCCUGGGUUCACUCCUAUCUGUUUCUUAGAAAAACUGACUCUUUU